GUUGGAAUGGGGAUUGAAUGUGGUGGUGGACAAGGAAUUGACUGGCGCAUAGAAAAGUCAAAGUGAAUCGCGCUUUCUGCCGCAUAAAGCGUGGAGAAACAGUAGCAAAAGUAUCCGCGAUUUAGUGAACAGAACACCACGCAAGAAAAAUCUUAUGGCGUAUCAAUUUAUUUAAAUCUACCCUUUGACUUUUCUUUCUUCUUCUUAUCUUCUUCCAAUCAACUGUCAAGUUCUUUCAAGUGACCAAAAGACCAAAAAAUGAACAAGUGAAUGAAAUAUUUUCAUACAUUACCAGAAAAAGUGAUUGAUAAAUUUCACUAUUAAUUAUAAUAUUAAAUAUUCAAAUAAAUUUAUAUCCGCACACUUUUUAUCAUUUGCGCAUCAAUUAAAAUGAUUAUCAAUCGCCAAAUUAUUUCAAGUCUUACAAUACUUCUUGUGUUCAUUUCUUUCUUCUCCUAUGGAGAAGCAGUUGUUUGUUACCAAUGUAACAGCGCCUUUGAUCCCCGAUGUGGAGAUCCAUUCGACCCCUACAGUCUUGGUACUGUAAAUUGCAGCUUCCAGCAACGUCUAGAGCAUUUAAAUAAUAUGGAGCCUACAGUAUGUCGGAAAUUAUCUCAAAAAAUUUAUGGAAAGAUGAGAGUAGUUCGAGGAUGUGGUUACAUAACUGACGAAAGAGAUAAUGGAGAUUGUGUAAGAAGAUCCGGAACUCAUGAUGUUUUGGUACACUAUUGUUCUUGUACCACAGAUUUGUGUAAUUCUGGAACUAAAGAAGCUCCUCUUUUCGGAAUAUUAUUAUUAAUUGCUAGCCUCGUUUAUAUGUCGACGAUAAAUUAGGAUGCCGUCCCAAUCAUUGUAUUAAUAAAUGAUCAACUAGAUGAUAAGUAUCGAUGAAACUAUUUUGAGAAACGAAUAAUGAAUAUGGUGAAUGUUUUUAUGAUCAGAUAAGCAGACACGUUUUUACAUAAACCGGGUAUUUUUGGAAACACAUGUCAUAUCAAGCUAAUAAUUGAUAUUGAAUAAUGGAAUUAAGAUAACAAAAAAAAAGAGAAUGUGUGAAAAAUAAUUACGAAAUCAAAGUUAUUAAUAUAAGUAGUAAAUAAAGUCAAUUUACCUCAAAUGAUCAAUUAUAUAGCCACAUGAAUUCAUUUUUUUAAGUCUUUAUAACUCAACGUUACUUUGACUAUGUAUUUGAUUGAUAAGUUUUAAAAGAAAUUCUAAUAAAAUCAAUCCUGCUGACAGAAAAAACGCUCAAAUGGGAUUACAUUCAAUCGAAAUAAAUUCAAUUUCAAUAUGAUUUAGGUGUCUGUUCAUCAGUAAAAAAUAAGAAAAGGAUAAAACUGCCAGAGAUGUAAAAAAGUUAUACUGUUUUACUGUAAUUCAACAAAAUAAAAUGUAGUUAAUUUGCAAAUGAAAUUAGGCCUAAAUAGAUUGGAAAAUAAAUUGAAAUUCAGUAGAGAACUUCUAAUACACCAAUUAUUAGUUGAGGAGAAGAUUAAUUGAAAUAUUUAUUUCAUCUAACAAUAAAAAAAAAAAAUACCAAGUCCUUCCUGCAGUUAAUUGUCCAAUUGUUCAUUAUUAGUUUGAGCUAACGUCGUACCUCAGUAUGAAGAAACCGCCUCAUAUUAUACAUGCAAUAAAUGUGAGUCGAGUGUAACAAAUAAUUAAAAUUUGGGCAACCUUACGACUAAAUAGAAUUAAGAAAAUGGUGAUAAAGUAAAUUCUCGUUCGAACCGUGAUAAAAAAGAUGGAAUAAUUAUUUAUGUGAAUUUAAUGUUACGAAAUUUUAUUACCAUUAAGUCGUUGUGGUGUGUAAAUAGAAGACUUUGCUUAAAAUAUCAGCUACAUUAGGAAACAUUGAAACUUUCAGUCAUGAAAGUUUUCAAAAUGUCGCGACUGUAUCGGCGAGAUUAUUUUCUACCGCGCUAAUCAUUUUUCAUUCAUUUAAAUAUUAUGUAACUGUUUUCAUUUUUUAAAUUUUCUUUCAAAAAUAAAAUCAUUUGAUACAAAUUGUAUUAUUAAACUUCCUAUAAAAUAAAAAUAAAAAGUUUUCCAUACUUACAAAGCAUAUUUACUUGUUGCAUGUGACCAUGGGAAGCUUUUCAAUUUCACAAUAUUGUACUAAAUUUAAGUUUCUGAGGUCGAAAACAACACAGUUUCAAUAUAGGUUUGAAGUUUGAAACUUUUAAAAUACAAACAGUUAUACAGUUGGUUUAAACCAAUAAAAAACCUUCGAUUAACAAAAUUGAACAAAAAUUAUUUUAUUUAAAUAAAUAAAUAUAAAUUUGAAUAGAAUCUUUAAAAACCAAACAAUUUUCUUGAAAUGAUAUGAUUGAAAACCUUUAAUGAAUAUUAAAAUAAGAGAUCUAGUUCCUGCAUCUGAUUAUUCUUAAUUCAAGUGAAACUAAUAAACUGAUAACAACUUGUAGAUGAGGCUAAAAAAUUCGAUGUAAAUAUAAAAUUGAUUACAUGUGUUAAUAGAAAAAUAAUUAAAAAUAUUUAGAUACUGAUAAAAUUGUGAAAAUAAAAUUUAUGAACACAAAAAUAUUUCAAGAUUUAAAAAUUUAGUGAAUUUGAAAUAUUCUAGGAGUCAAUUAUAGAAGAAAUUGAUUUCAACAUUUGAUCAAAAUAUUACUAAUUACUAAAAUAUUCCAAGUUUGACUGUCUAAAAAUCAAUUAAUUAAUAUCUUUAAGAAAAAUUAAAGAAAAUAAUGUUAAUAAUAAAUGUUUCUUCAACUUACGAUAAACAAAAGUCAUGUUACUGAAUCUUAAUAUAAAUAUUUUUUAAUAAUUAAUCAUUGAUUAAUACUCUAUUAACAAUGUGUUGCAUGACAAGUAUAGAGACAUAUAAUAAUAAUGACUGAUCAGGUUUGGAUCUCUUAUAUCAAUUUUUUUUUCAUUAAUACAAAGCAGUUCAUUCAUUGUUUAACUCAUUCAAAUUCAAUCUGUACGCUCAGUGUAACCAACUAAGGAUUAAAACGAGCUAUUUAAAGUGUUCAUGAAUAAUUUAGUUAUUUAAAUUGAACAAUUCUCGUCGAAACAGUCGCAAAUGCCUUAAUUUAGUCUAUAAGAUUUAGAACAUAAAAACAGCGACAAAAAUAUCAUCGUAUUUAUAAGUUGAAUUGAUACUAGAAAAAUUAGGUGAUUAAUUAUCCAAAAAUGUCAAAAAUAGGAAAAGGAUUAUAUGUAAUUAUUCUUUAAAUAAAAACUUACAACGUUCGUUGAAAUAUUUCUUCGAUUUCUAGAUAUUUUAUGAAUGAUUCAGUGGCAUUCUGUUGAUACAAAUUUCGAUGUUUAUACAAAAUACAUAUCUGGCAAAGAGUAAAAAGAAGCCAAUGGGAAAAAAUCAAUCGUUAUUGGUAUUUAUUUUGAAGAGAAGACAUAAAAACGUUAUCGAAUAAUAUAUAUUUUAUUUAUAUUUUAUAAAAAGUUAAUGAAGAGUCGAAAAUAAAUAUUAUUUUUUAUGAAAGAUUAAUGAAGAACGUCUAGUUUUAACAACCGAAUAUGAAAAUUUAUAAUACAGUAUUAAACAAAUGUAUGAAUAUAAUGUUAAAAAUAAUAAAAUAAAGAAAGUAAAAUAUGGAAUGAAUAAACACCAAAAAAAAUAACAUAUUUUUUCCUCAUCAUAUAUGAAGGUAUCAAGAGAAUGUCAGUAUUUUGAUCGAAGAAUAUUAUUUGUAAUACUUAAAACAUUAUACACUAGAACAUCUUGUGCAUAAGUGAUGAAAAUUAAUAAAGUUAUGAGUGGUUACAA